CUCCUUCAAUAUUUAUCAGUAAAAUGUAAUUUGUACGUUCAGCUAUUAUUCAAACUAAAUUUUCUUGUUUUAAUUUUUAAAUUGUCCAAAUUAUACAGUGUAGAUCCAGUUUUUAAAUGAACUUUAAUCCAAGUGCGUGUAUUUGUUUUUGAGAUUUCUUUUUAAAUUGUCGAGGAAAUUAUAAAAGAAAUGAUAAAUGUUAGAAACAUGAAUCGUACAUAACCAUAACCAUGCUAAUACUUUCCGAAUUUUUUUUAUUCAAUGAACCAACAUGAAAUAUGCUGGAAUUUUUAUGAGAGCAGUAAAUAAAUUGGCUUAUAAUAAGAGACAGUUUACAAGACACUACAGUAACGGUCAAUUAGAUGUAGUGAAGUAUAAUUUCUAUGUAAACAGACUUAAGUGUUGCUCUGUGAAAUUAUCCAGUAAACAUUCUCCAAAUUUGGUGAAAUUUUUAAAUGUGUCAAAAUGUUCCGUUCAAAUGUAUAAUGUGUCAAGAAGAUUAUCAACAGAAUGCUCAAAUGAUGCUUCAGCCGGCAAGCUUAAAACUGUCAACCUGAGUUGCACUGAAAAUGAAGGCCCCACCCAAAUCCUGCCCUCCGAGGAGCUGUGGACUUCGGAUCCGGCCGGCCGAAUCAAGAUUAGGGGCAAAGACCUGGAAGAGUGUCCUCCCAUCUCGGUGCCAGGCCUACUCAACAGAACGGCCACCAACUACCCUGACAGAAUUGCUCUAGCUCUCAAGCAACCCGACGGCAAAUACCAAGAGAUCACCUACAAACAAUACGAGGAGAAUGUGAGAAUAGUGGCCAAAGCAUUCAUCCACUUGGGUCUGGAACGCUACAGUUCGGUUGGCAUCAUUGGAUUCAAUUCGCCCGAAUGGUUCUACACAGAUUUGGCCGCCAUUUAUGCCGGUGGUUUUGCGGCCGGUAUGUACACGACUAACAGUCCGGAGGCAUGUCAUCACUGCCUGGAGUCCAGCCGAGCCAAUCUGUGCGUCGUGGAGGACGACAAACAACUGCAAAAGAUUCUAGAGAUCAAGGACAGACUCCCCCACCUCAAGAAGAUCAUUCAGUACAGUGGCAAAGUCGAGACGCCUGAUGUUCUAAGUUGGGAAGAUGUGCUGAAGAUAGGAAACGAGCAGAGUGAUGACCAACUUAACGAAGUUCUGAAAAAGAUUGGAGUCAACGAGUGCUGUACCCUCGUUUAUACUUCAGGUACCGAAGGAAAGCCAAAGGCAGUUAUGCUGUCUCACGACAAUUUGACCUAUGACGCGGCAUCUCUAACCAAACACUUGAAAGUCGACUGUAACAAUGUUGAAAUUCUUAUCAGCUAUCUUCCUCUUAGUCACGUGGCAGCACAGGUAAUUUCCAAUAAUAUGUUUGAAAUUGAAAAAAUAUAUACUUUGCAGGGUUCCCUGGGACAAACCCUGGCCGAAACGCAUCCGACAAUUUUCCUGGGCGUGCCUAGGGUUUGGGAGAAGAUCCAGGAGAAAAUGCUGGCCCUGGGCAAACAGGUGUCAUCCGUCAAGCGAACUCUGGCCUCCUGGGCAAAGAUGUCCGCCCUACAACACCACGAAGCCGCCUUGAAGGGACACACUUCAGAGUCGUACCGAUUCAAGCUGUACAAAUGGCUGGUGUUUGAUAAGAUUAAGGCGAGGAUGGGACUUGGGCAGUGCAAGGCAUUCAUAUCAGCCGCUGCGCCAAUCUCGGACGAUGUCAAGAGAUACUUCAUGAGUCUCGAUAUUCUCAUCAUUGAGGCAUUUGGAAUGUCUGAGUGUGCGGGUGCGCAUACUUGCGGCGACUACAACAAGUUCUCUUUGAAAGGAGUGGGGGUAACAUUGCCGGGCUGCUCCACUAAGCUCGAUAAUAUCAAGGAUGGAGAAGGAGAGAUAUGCAUGAGCGGCAGACACGUGUUUAUGGGUUACCUGGGCCAACCUGACAAGACCAAGGACACAAUUGACGAGGGAGGUUGGCUGCAUUCGGGUGAUGUCGGCCGGCUCGACGAUAAAGGCAAUCUUUUCAUCACUGGAAGGAUAAAGGAAAUUCUGAUAACAGCUGGAGGAGAGAACAUUGCACCUGUGCCAAUUGAGGACACCGUCAAACAUGAGUUGCCAGUAGUCAGCAAUGCCCUGCUAAUUGGUGACAAGAGGAAGUUCCUCUCCAUCUUAUUAUCACUCAAGACUGAAGUGGACGAAGAAGGAAAACCUAUUGACAAAUUGACCCGCGAUGUUCAGGAUUGGUGCCAAGAUUUGGGCGCUCCCAGUCAAACUGUUUCUGAAAUACUUGCUGAUGCCGACAAACUCGAAAAGGUUAAGAAGGCUCUGCAUGAGGGACUCAAAAGGGCAAAUGCGAAAUCCAUUUCAAGAGCACAGCAUAUACAAAAGUUGGCCAUUCUACCACAGGACUUUGCCGUUGGAGAUGAACUUGGCCCCACGUUGAAAGUGAAGAGACCAGUAGUUUACAACAAGUACGCUGAAAUCAUUGAGGAAUUCUACAAGGAAUGAUAGUAAAAAGGCUGACACAACACAAAUUAGACUUAUUCUGACCACGUCAAGUGGUUGAAUAAAUAAUGAAGAAAGUUGCUCAAUCUCGCGGUGCUAAAAUCUAAUGAAAUCAAAAUAAUUUCGUGCAAUAUAAGUAUAAUAAUUAUGUAAAAAGUACUUACACGAUAUUUAAAAGUAUGUAUUGUUUUCUAUUUUUUUACAAAACCCAAACGCAGCUGCUUCGGUUUAGCUUUUGCAAAUUAUUUUAACUCUGUAAUGGAAUUCCACAAGUGCUGGAAUUUAAGUUAUUAUACAAAGAAAAGUGCCUUUAUUUUCAAUAAUAUUGUGAACAUAAAUAAAGAAUAGUACUGUGAAACCUUCAUAUUAUAAGAAUUAUUGUAUUGGAACAAUAUUUUUGACAUUCCAAGUCUAUUAUAUUAUCUGUUAUUGCAUGUAAAUAAAUAAUUGUUAUUCUAUGGUUGUUGUUUAGAUCAAUAAAUGAUUGAUUAUGUUA